GUCUGGUGUGUGUGGCAAACUGAGUGUGUGGAGUCCUGCCCAGGUAUUAGGCUUCACUCAGAGCGGCUGCCUUUGGUUGCUACUAGCGAUUGUGCAGCGCCUUCUCUUUCUGUCACCUUAAAGGAACAGCCUGUGUCCAGGAAGCAGAAGAUGCCCCACUCCAGCCUGCAUCCAUCCAUUCCACGUCCCAGAGGUCAUGGGGCCCAGACGACAGCCCUUGUCCUGCUGAUUGCCUGCCUGGUAGCCCUUUAUAAACUAGUGGGACCAACAGCCAACAUUCUCCAGUACCUGAUGUUCCACCUGGCCUCUCUGCAGCUGAGACUGCUGUUAAAGAGAGUCUGCAGUCUGGUCGAGGAGCUGCGCCACGUCCACUCCAGGUACCAAGGCUACUACUGGAAGGCUGUGUGGGCCUGCCUAGGCUGCCCGAUCCGCUGUGGGGUCUUGCUAGUGCUGUCCUGUUUUUCCUACUUCUUCUUCCCACAUGAGGCUGGCCUGCCCUUCCCUUGGAUGCUUACUUUGCUAGGCACAUCAGAGGCCCUGACCAUCCUCCUGGGCCUCCAGGACCUGUCCCCAGCUGAGGUAUCUGCAGUCUGUGAAGAAAGAAAUUUUAAUGUGGCCCAUGGGCUGGCAUGGUCAUAUUACAUCGGGUACCUGAGGCUGAUCCUGCCAGGGCUCCAGUUGCGGAUCCGAACUUACAAUCAGCUCCACAACAACAUGCUACAAGGCACACGGAGCCGGCGUCUGUACAUCCUCUUUCCAUUGGAUUGUGGGGUGCCUGAUGAUCUGAGUGUGGCCGACCCCAACAUUCGCUUCCUUCAUAUGCUGCCCCAGCAUAGUACUGACCGUGCUGGCAUCAAGGGUCGGAUUUAUAAUAACAGUGUCUAUGAGAUUUUGGAGAAUGGGCAGCCAGUAGGCACGUGUGUCUUGGAGUUCGCCACACCUUUGCAGACCUUGUUUGCCAUGUCACAGGACGGCCGAGCUGGCUUUAGCCGGGAGGAUCGACUCGAGCAGGCUAAACUCUUCUGCCGGACGCUUGAGGAUAUCCUAACAGAUGCUCCUGAGUGUCGGAACAACUGUCGCCUCAUUGUCUACCAGGAGGGAAGCAACUUUUCACUGUCACAGGAGAUUCUCCAGCACCUGCGGCAGGAGGAGAAGGAGGAGGUUCCUGUGGACAGCAUGGGCAUCCCAGUGGCGCCCAGUUCCUCCACGCUGUCCCAAGAACCCAGGCUUCUCAUCAGUGGUAUGGAACAGCCUCUUCCUCUUCGCACGGAUAUCUUCUGAGGUCCAGGGUCACCUUGCCUGAAGAACUUUGCCUGAUGAACCUCCAGUCUUCUCCAAGACUCUGGACUGGGACUUUCUCCAAGACAGAGUCAUUUUUUCCCACUGGCGUCCUUGCAGAAAAGGCCUAGACUUGACAUCUCAAGAUCAGUCCUAUAUCCUUGGACAGGUCGUUUCACCUCUCUGAGGCUCCGUGUCCUCAGUGUGUGAGAUUACAUUAUAAUUUUUGCCCUACUUACCUCGAAGGGCUGUGGUGAAGACUGUGAGCAUAUAGAGUAUAGAAGUUUUUCCUAUGCUAAGUGCCAGAUAUCUUCUUUUGGUCCCUCUAGACCUGCUCUCCACCUUUCUCCACCUCCUCUGCCCCUGGCAGCUGACCUGUUUGGAUGGUACCAACAGGCUUCCUCUCCCUCUGGCUUCUGUUCUCAUCUGAUGAAUGGGGAGCCCCAGCGGAGAAUAAGAAUGAGAAGGGUGAGGUUGAGGUAGCCAUUCCUUGGGAUCUAUCCCUACAGAAUCGAGGAUAUUGUGGGCUGUCUUGGUGGCAACCCUGUCUAUCUUCAGUUUUCUGGAAUUGCUUCUCUCCUGUGCCCUUUUAAGCUUAGCCUAUAUUGGUUCCCCACUGGGCUACUCACUAUCACUUGUGGUUUCCUUCUACUGUGCCCUUUCUCAAUUGUGCCUUUUAAAAACACUCCUCAGAUUACCCAAUUUGAGUGUGUCAUUCCUUUUCCCUGCCAGUCUCUGAUAUAAGGGAUUGAUUUAUUAUCUCCAGUGUCCAAAUCUGCUAGUAUGUAUGAGUUUCCUUGCUCAUCUCAGUAAAAAU